ACCGCUAUUCCUCCAUUCGCAGGUCAGGACUACGCUUACCCGGACGGAUUCGCGCCCUUCCAUCAGGACCACCACCGCCAGUACAUCAACCCUUCGGAGGUCGUCCCUUUGCGACGCGCCCCCGCCGCCUUCCAGCCCGUCGAGCCGCCCCAGGGGGGUGGAUAUCUGCACCCGGACCUGCAGACCUCCGACCUGCCGGUCCACUUUCGCCAGACCCUGCCCCAGUACCGGUUCCCAGCCACCCCCAGGACUCAGCAGCCCUUAAACUUCCAAAACGGUUUCCAUGAAUUCUCGUACGAGAACCGGGACCAAUCGGAGCAGGUGAUCAGUUCACCGGCGGGUUUUCGAACGCAGGAUCCGCGUAAUUUGAAGCCGACGACGUUGAGACCGAACUAUUCGCAUCUGUUCGCUAAGAACCACGUGAGGGAUCCGUCGCAGACGGAGACGUUCCUCGGCGAGAUAACCAUCCAGAAUCCGGUGGAGGUUCCGGUGCAAUUCGAGGAUUUCGGAUCGAGAUUCGCCGGCAAAUCGAAGGAGUUCCACGAUGAUUCGUUGGAGGCCAACGGCGGGAAUUCGAUCGGAGGUGUCGGUAGACCUUCGUUUUUGAAUCACAGAACGAGAAUAUUGGCUCCGGAUCCGAGCAAACCGACCAAAAACGCCGAAAUCAGCGAAUAUUUCGUCGAUACCAACGGUGAGGUGUACAGUCCAGCGUUUACCACGCAAAACACCCGAUCAUCUUCGACCACGACGCAAGAAACACCGGCGGAAAGGAAACCGAUCAACAGGGCGAAACCCAAGAAAACCGUUUCGACGAAACAACCGAAAUCCGUCGACUUGGAACCGCUUUUGGAGGAACCUCUCAAGUCCAACUUCGGAACGAGUAACGACGACGAAGUCGAAGUAAUAAAAUCCGCAAACAUCUCUGGGAAUCGUCCAGAACAAAGCGAAGAAUCCAACACGGAAGAACCGCUUGAAAGCACCGAGUACUACUCGGAAGAAAUAUACGACAACCACGAGAAACACAACGGUCAUCGUAACGUUGGCAACGACAUCCAAGGACUCGACGACCAAGAGGAACAAGAAGAAGAAGAAGUCGAAGAAGAAGACCAAACUUUCCACCAAGCUCAACCGGACGCUACGGAAGCGCCGGUAAUCAACGCGGGGCCUUCUACCCUGCAGGUACCCAGCAAACCCGAGUUAGUCACCUCUGUGGUUACCAGUAAAACUGUAGUGAACAACACCAUAGUAGCCUCUGCUACACCGGUAGUGACUAACCCCGCGAAAUCCACCACCGAAACUCCUCUCGGAGAAAACACCACGGACGCUUGGGUGGUUAUAGCUUCAGUCCAAACCAGCAGGAGCGUUUCAGGAGCCAGAUACCUCCCGUCUUCGAUUGUCGAACAGGAUAUUAGAGUGAAGCUGCUCAACGAACAUAACACCGAAGAUAGUGUCGGCGAUAAGAGCGAAUCUCAAGACGAAUCUGAAGAAUGGACUACUGAAGAUGAUGAUUUAGAAGAAACAACUACCGUGAGUUACGUAUUCAAACCGAAAACCUCCACGGAGAGCCUCAACGACAAGUUAGACAGAGUUCAAUCGGAUUUAUCCAGCGGGUUACUAUCAGGAGGACUGGGUAACAACAUAGCAGUGAUCAAAGAACCGGAGAAGGUCGACAUGACGGACGUGCAUGAGAUCAAACUCACCACGAAAGCUCCUUAUCCUCAAGUGAACAUCAGAAGGUACUCGCCGAGCAACAGAAGAACCACCACCAGGAAGCCCAGACCUCGUGCUGGUGCCAGAACGAAGAAGCCCUUCGAUCCCAACCAGCCCCAAGGGGACCAACCGGCGAAGAAGAUCGAUGACAUCGCGACCUACUUACCGGCAGGAUACAGGCUCAACGCCAGCGACGCGGUUAGUUCGAAAUUGCUGCAGGACAUCCUGAGCAAGGCCCAGCCCGCGAAAGCCGACGAAGAGAAGACUGAUGAUGUAGUACUAACUGCGGUUAGUAACGAGACUAGCAGCACUACACCAAGUGCUUACGAGAGUAUCUUCAAGAAUACAAAGGCUGAUGAUCUGUCUAAGUUUCUACCGCCAGGAUUCAAGUUGUCCAAAGAGGAUGGGUCCACUACUGAGACCAGCGUGUUCAAGAAUACCAAAAGCGAUGAUAUUUCCAAGUUUUUACCGCCUGGUUAUAAAGCGAAUGUAGGUGAAACUUCGACCACUGAAAGAAGCAUUUUCAAGAACACUAAGGCUGAUGAUAUUUCCAAAUUUCUACCACCUGGUUUUAAGUUACCUCAAGGUGAUGGUAAACCGAGCACGGAGAGCAGCAUCUUCAAGAACACCAAAGCAGAUGAUGUUUCCAAAUUUUUACCACCAGGUUACAAAUCGCCGAAAUCUGAUGAGAAACCUUCGACAGAGGGUAGCAUUUUCAAAAAUACCAAAUCCGACGAUAUAUCCAAGUUUCUACCACCGGGUUAUAAAGCUCCCAAAUACAAAACAUCCACUGAAAGCAGCCUCUUCAAGCACACCAAAGCCGAUGACGUUUCCAAAUUUCUACCACCCGGUUACAAAGCACCGAAGGCUUCGACGGAAUCCUCACCUAAAGCCAGUCUGGAUAAAGGUUUAAACGCACAACCCGUGGAUAUCUCAGCGUUCCUUCCACCUGGGUACAAUUUACCAAUCGAGAACAUAUCCGCCCCAGCGAACCUCCUUCCUCCCGGCUUCAAUUCCACCACAACCACCACCAGUACUAGUACUACGACCAGCAGACCAGUAGGGAAAGUAGUCUUCCCGUCGCGACCAGGAGGCGCCAGAAAAUCUUCAACAAGAACCACUCACAGACCUGUAAACGAUGAGCCUCCCAGAGCCCAGAACACUCCUCCUACCAUACACAAAGGAUGGCCAGUAAGGGUAACCACCGAAUUCACCGGCUGGCCGACGCCCUCUACGACUCCCAUCUCCAUCGAGAAGCUCCUGGCAGCGGCCAAGGCGGCCUCUACAAGCACCGCGAGAACUGCAGAAACUACUGUUACUACAACUACCACUACUACUACCACUACGACUACAACGCCUAAGCCUACGACGCCUGGAGUGUGCUCCGAUGAAUGCGACCUGGCCGGUACCAUAAAAUUGGUGGGCGGUAUCAAAUGGGUGCCGGAAUUGCUGGAUAGGAACACCAAGGAGUGGCAGGUGCUGGCUAACGAAGUGGAAAGUCAGUUGGACUACGUGUACAGUUCGUCUUCGUUGCUCAACAGAUGGUACAGGAAAAUCAGGAUAGACGGUUUCAGCGAAGGAAGCGUACUGGUGGAUUACUUGGUGGAAUUGAACGAUAUGGGAAGGAAAGUGGACACGCAGGAGAUCAAAAGGCUGUUCCACCAGUCCUUGGACGACGCCUUGUCGAUAUUCGGCAGUUCGAAUAGAGAGGGCAAAGCCAUCAACGAAUCGAUGAAAUUGGAAGGGAAAUUGGCGCUCGGCAGCUUCGUCGUCGAUCCCGCUUACACGGACUUUCUAGUGUUGCCGAAACAAGCGUACCCGACGGUGGGCUACGCGGAAAACGACGUCCUGCUGCCCCAAUGGGCCAUCGCCGUCAUCGUCAUCGGCCUGGCGUCGCUGCUGUUCGUCAUCAUCUUCGGCGUUACAGUGCUGGUAAACAGACAGAAAAAUAACAAGAAGAAGGCCCCCACGCCGCUCACCGAAGGCAUGCUCAACGAGCUCAACAAGAACCACAUGGGAGGCAUCGACAAUUACGGCGCCGAGGAUUUGUACAACAUGGAAGACGUUUGGAACGAAAGAGGUUACGAUCAGAAACCGCCGAAGAAGAGAUCGAACGGAUCGAUUCACGACAACAGCAUGUCGAAUUUGUACGAUAGCUGGAGAUCGGAAUGGAACGGGUACUAUUACAACGCUUACUAUGGGAAUCCCGGGAGCAGCCAAGGCGGAUAUAACGGUAGAAGAAGAUCAGAUUACGAUACGAAUUUUUAG